UUGCCAUUUCGUUAACAAACUUAACAAAACCCAACCAAAAAACAAACUCAAUUCAUAAUGAAAUUCCUUAUCUGUUUGACACUUUUCGUUGCUGCCGCUCAAGCCGGUAUUGUUGCUCCAGUCACCACUUAUAGUGCUGUUGCUCCUGCUUACACUACAUAUGCUGCUGCCGCUCCUGCCUAUACAACAUACGCCGCUGCUGCUCCCGCUUAUACCGCCUAUGCUUCUGCUCCCGCUUAUUCUGCCUAUGCUGCUGCUCCUGCUUAUACCGCCUAUGCUGCCGCUCCUUACAAGACAUCUGCUUACACCACCUACUCCGCCGCAGUCCCUACUUACACCUCAUCCGUUUAUGGUGCUGCUCCCGUAGCUUAUACAGCUCCCGUUGCCACUUAUUCCACUUUGUUGAAGAAGUAAAUCUUUCAGAUUAAAAAUCCAAAGUAAAAUGAAUAAUGAAUAACAAUUGAUUAAUGGAUAAUGAAUAAACAAUUAUUUACAAA